AGUGCUCUAAGGUAGAAGCACAGAAACCAAUGGAAGCCAUAAAUAUUCAUUUCUUCUUGCCUUCCAUAUUCUGUUUUGAUUCUUUCUAGUGCUGCAAAUACCAUACCUACAGAUCAACCUUUAACAGAUGGAAACACCAUCAUUUCAUCAGGUGGAAAGUUUGAGUUGGGUUUUUUCUCCCCUGGUACUGGUACAUCCAGGAAACGAUACCUUGGAAUACGGUUCAACAACAUACAGACAGUGGUAUGGGUUGCUAAUAGAGACAAUCCAUUCAAUGAUACAGAUGGUAUGCUAAAUUUUACUAGACAAGGAAAUCUUACUCUUCUGAACGGUUCUGGUCGUGUCAUUUGGUCCUCUAGUGCCAUCAGAAGUGUGCAAAAUCCAAUAGCUCAGCUUCUUGAUUCAGGCAAUCUUGUCGUUAGGGAUGCAACUGAUAAUUACUUGUGGCAGAGUUUCGACUAUCCCGGUGACACAGCUUUACCUGGAGUUAAGGUAGGGAUCGAUCUUAAGACUGGUUUUUGUCGUUCCCUCUGGUCAUGGAAGAGCAGAACUGACCCCUAAGGGUGAGUUUAAUUUCAUAUUUGAUCCUCAAGGAUUUCCACAGCCAUUUCUCAUGAGCGGUACCAUCGAACGCUUCCGGGGCGGAGCAUGGAAUGGUCAAAGCUUUGCUAAUUCACCAUCUCUGCUACCAAGUCCUGCUUAUAACUAUCCGAUCCUGAUAAAGUAUACUUCACGUAUGAGCUCACAAACAGAUCUAGCAUUGAGAGGGUAGUGAUGGAACUAAAUGGGUUUCUAGAGUUUUCAAUAUGGAAUAAUCAAACUCAGAAUUGGGAUGGCUUUGGUAGCGCACCGGCAGACAACUGUGACAUUUACGGAAACUCUAGUAGAGAGAAAUUAAAGAUUCUGAGAAUCAGCUUGCCGUUGGCAGCAUUAAGUCUCCUCUCAGCGCUAUGCUUGAUCUUGUACAUAAGGCGAAAGAAGAAGAAGGAGGAGGAGGAGGAGGAGGAUCGGAAUCAGCAACGUUUUAGCGAAGUCCUUAAAUUGACAGGAAGAGGAAAUAGAAGCUCUGAAAUGUUCAGAAUUAAUGAAAGCAAAGAUGACGAUCUUGAUUUACCAUUGUUUGAUUUUGCAACUAUCUUGGAAGCUACCAGUAACUUUUCGCUGAACAACAAGCUUGGAGAGGGUGGUUUUGGACCAGUUUACAAGGAUAUCUCAGAAGCCAAAUAUGGAGAAUUUGCUCGUGAUGAUGCAUGAAUGGAUACUGGAUUUUCAGUAAUUACUUGUGGCCAGCUACUACAGGAUAAAUCACAAUGGCAAGCGAAGAAGAGCUAGGAAACCAAUGCAUACCUAUUAGCAAGUUGAAGAAAUAUGCAACAGAAGAUGCAGUUGGAUACAUGAAGGAGUUUAAUUUUUUCGAGCUAUGCAUCAUCUCUAAAGGUAACAGUAAAAUGGUUACCCCAAUCUAUUUUAGUUGAGUAUUAGACACGCUUGUUAGGGAUAUAGUAGAUAUGUCCUAAAUCCAAUCUCAUGUUUGAUGAUUUGAACAUAUUUUUUAUGAAC